AUGACCUCAACAAGUCAAUUAACGCCUUUCGGCAAGCCAAUGCUCAAGCACUGGCUCUUCGACCCAUCCUACAAGAACCUCAAUCAUGGCUCAUUCGGCGCCCAUCCAGUGCCAGUAAAAGAAGCUCAGCGCGCCUUCAUGGACAUGGCCGACCAAAAGCCCGAUCCAUACAUCCGCCGCUACCACGCAGAACACCUCGACAAAGCGCGAGAUGCCGUGGCAAAGGUCCUCAAUGCCCCGCGAGACGAGUGCGUCUUUGUCAAGAAUGCCACUACCGGCAUUGCGACUGUGCUCUACAACCUGGCGUUCCAGCCCGAUGAAGCACUGCUCUACUUCGAACCUGUUUACGGCGCAGUGGAGAAGGGCGUCGUUUCUUUGAAGGAGCAUUGCGCCUUUCAGCCCAGGAAGGUCUCGUUCCAGUAUCCUAUUUCGGAGGAGGAAUUGGAGCAGCGGUUCCGUGAGGUUGUGCGGAAGACUCGUGCGGAGGGCUUGAAGGUUCGAGCUGCUGUCUUUGACUGUAUUGUGAGCAAUCCUGGUGUCCGGUUUCCAUUCGAGCGCUUUACUGCUGUUUGUCGCGAAGAGGGAAUCCUGAGCAUCAUCGAUGCUGCCCAUGGCAUUGGCCAUAUCCAUCUUGAUAUGGGCCAAUUACAGCCUGAUUUCCUCACUUCGAAUUGUCACAAAUGGCUCUUCACGCCCCGCGGCUGCGCAGUCCUCUACGUUCCAAAGCGCAACCAACACGUCAUGCGCACAACACUCCCAACAUCGUGGGGUUUCAUCCCAGCCCCAGAUUCCGCGGAGACAAUCGCCUCAGUCCUCCAGGACCCAAACAGCCCUGCCAUCAAAUCGGCCUUUGAGCAACUGUUCGAAUUCGUCGCAACAAGUGAUGAUUCCGCUUACAUCUGUCUGCCUGCGGCCCUGAAAUUCCGCGCCGAGGUCUGUGGCGGUGAAGAUGCUAUUAUCUCGUACUGUCAGAAGGUGGCUAAUGAAGGCGCCGAUGCUAUCGCCGAGAUCCUCGGCACGGAUGUUCUUCAGGAACCCGGCCUUCAGCCUGGCCAGGAGAGUCGCAUGCGGCAAUGUGCUCUGACAACGGUCCGGUUGCCGAUUGCUGUUUCUGAUGAUGCUGGGGAGGCCCUUGGAAAUGGCAGUGCUCUUGGGGUUUUGUCGGAAGAUGAGGCGAGGAGCGCGUUCUCUUGGAUGCAGAAUAAGUUGGUUGAUGAGUAUGGCACUUUCUUGCCUGUUUUCCGGCAUGGGCCUUGGCUCUGGACUCGUUUGAGUGGGCAAAUCUACCUUGAUACUAGUGACUUCGAGGAAGUUGGAAAGUCUCUGAAGGAGCUGUGUGAGCGGGUUGCGAGGAAGGAGUUCCAGGCUUGA